AUGAGUAUCCAGCCGGGGAUACAAAACAAUGACUCUUCUGAGGGUUUAGUCACUCCAGAAGAUCAGGAUAAUUCUGAUAAGCCAAACUCAGUUGUUGAGAAGAGGCUGCAGACCGAUCAACCAAUGUCGAGAUCUCGAUCAUCCACCACUUCUGCAUUCCUAAGGUUCAUUCAUCAUGGAUCUUACAGUGAUCUACCGGCCUCUUCUAAAUCCAAUAACAGAAUGAUUUCUCUUUUCCGCUUACUUCUCAUCGAGUUGAACCUUCCCGGUCCUACUUCGUCAAAGAGGAAAAGUAAAGAAGAUGAGGAAGCAGAGAACCAGGCUUACGAACAGUUGUCCAGCAUGGUGCUGGUUCCAUUAUACUUGGAGAAAUUCAUUGUUUACGGUCUUCUCGUGUGUCUUAAUUCCCUUCUAACGCUCUUUACUUUAAUUCCGUUGAAAAUUUGCAUUAUAACUUACACCACCACGAGUGACCUUAUUCGCCUUAAAAAACUUAAUUUGCAACUUAUCAGGAGAAACUUUCAUUUCGUCAAAAGGGAUAUACUUACCCUUAUGCUCAUCGUGCUCACAAUCUAUACCUUGGGAAGUCCUUUAUUAGACAUUUCCCGAUUAUACCAUGACAUUAGGGGUCAAGCACACAUCAAGUUGUAUGUCAUGUUUGGGGUUUUGGAAGUAACAGAUAAGUUGCUAUCGUCAAUUGGCCUGGAGAUCUUUACUGUACUAGUGGGAAUUCCCUUGACAGAUGGCAGUCCAGAAAAUAUCUUGAAGUUAUUCCUUUUUCUGCUUAUUGCAUUGGUCUACUCUACUUGCCAUUCAUACGCCCUUAUUUACCAAUGUGUAUCACUCCAUGUUGCGGCAAACUCAUAUUCUAAUGCUUUAUUAGCACUUUUAUUAUCCAACCAAUUUGCAGAACUCAAAGGUGCUGUGUUCAAAAAGUUUGAUAAAGAGGGCUUAUUUCAAGUGUCCAUGUCAGACUUAACAGAAAGAUUCCAGUUAUCGAUCAUGUUGUUCAUCAUUACCUUGAGAAAUCUAUCACAGCUUGGAUCUACACAGUUAGGAUUGAUACCAGACAGUUGGAAGUCCUGGAAUAAGUGGUUCGGGGCAAUCUUUGGACCCUCGAUGGUUGUACUAGGAAGUGAAGUAUUCGUUGAUUGGUUGAAGCAUUGUUUCAUCAAUAAGUUCAACCGUAUUCGUCCAACAGUUUACGACAAUUUUCUUUAUGUGUUGAGUUUGGACUUCCAUGAAGUUUUCAUUUCGAAUUCGAAGCUGCUUACUCUGAGAGAAGCAUCAGAUUAUCUCGUGUUGGCUAAAAGAAUCGGCUUGCCUAUAAUUUCCCUUGCUAUUUGCUUCCUUCGCAUGUCAUUGAGUGAUUUGAAGAAUGUAUUCUGGCCUGCAUCCGUCACGUUUAUGUCCCUCCUGAGCAGUUUGGCCUUAUUGUGUUUGACAUUUAUCGCAUUGCUAGUCAUGAGACUCAUGAUAAGCUUGUGGCUUUUGAAGUGGGGAAGAAGAAUCAAAAGAAACCACGAGGCACGUCAGUCUGAGUUGGUAAAGAAAUCAAGUCACUCUUUUAUGACCCCAGACCAUCUGCAGUUUGUGUCCUCUUCGGUAGAUGUAGAUUCACCCUUGAAUAAUGAUUUAUCUGACGACUCCAAUAUUUCUAUCGGAGUGAAUACGGAAAGUGACUUGACACAAGCAUUUAUUGACUUGCCCACAUUAGGUGCAAGUUUCAUUCAAACUUCCCUGCAAACAACAAUCCCAAGCACGCAUGAUCAGAUUAGUUGCUCCAAGGAUUUGUUGGAGAAUGAGAUACUGCGAUCAUUCAUACCAGGCGUACCAAAUACUGAAAUGUCCUCCAUAAACCCGUCAACUAGAUCAUAUAUUUACGACUAUGGUGAAAAGAUUCCGCCAACGUUGGAGGAGAAAAGAAACGCGGAGGUGAAAAAGAGGCGCAUUGGUUCACCAAUUGUUGAGCAUCCCGACAACGAUUCGCUUUCCAAGGUAAAAAGGUACGAAAUGGCAAGCAAGCGUAUAUGGUGA